AUGAUCGUUCUCGACAGGUCAAAGGUCAUUCCCCAAGACUACCACCAUGCAGGCUGUGCUUAUAGUGGAGAUGUUGUUGCUCGUUUGUCAACAACGGAAACGACAGUGUCCGUCGAGAAAGCAGACGCCAUUUGUGAUGCGUGGAACUACGACACCGGUGGCCGUGAUAAUGUGUGCGUUGGGAGUGGGGAGGGGGUGCGUGUGGAGGAGGGGAGGAGGGAAAUGGUGUCACCGUGA